CUGGCCCAAAUAGGAAGAUAAUUCGGGGAGCAGCUGAAAUGAAAAUAGGGAAGAAUAUUGAAGAUAGAUCUCAUUUGCGGCGGAAGAGAAAGUUGCCGGCGGCGAGGGUAUGGUCAGUUGUUAAUUGAUCCUCUUAACUGUCAAUUAGUGUGUGGUAUUUUGUUGCUCUGUUUCACGAUGGACGAAUGUCUAGCUAAUGAAACACAAAAGGCCGGAGAAAGUGAAUUUAGGGAGGGAGGAGAAUCUGGAGCUGAUAAUGUAGAAAUCAAUUCGACGGAAAAUGGUAUAUCGAACAAACGGAUGAAGGAGAUGGAAAUGGAUAGGCUCAGUGCCUUGCCGGAUUGCUUGCUCAUUCACAUCCUCUCUUUUCUGGGUUUGAAGAAAGCUGCAAUUACGAGUCUACUCGGGAAAAGAUGGAAAUUCCUUUGGACCGAAUUGUCCACCCUUGAAUUCUCUCUCUGGGAGGAGUGGGAGAGCCGCGAUAAGAUUACCAAGGCAAGACGUGAAUUUGUGGCUAGGGUUCAUAAGACCCUUGCUACUCGCCAUGGGAAGUGUCUGGAGAAGAUGGACAUUAGAUUCCACUACAACGAAUGCUUUGCUUCCGAUGUUGAUAGCUGGCUUGGGGUUGCAUUGAAACUUAAAGUGAAACAUGUCGUUUUGUCCCUAAGCUCCUCGCUGUUCUCCGAACAUGUCUAUACUCUUCCAGAGAAGAUGUAUACAUAUUCGUCCUUGACAUCGUUAUCAUUGCACGGCUGCAUUUUUGAACCUGAAAGAGAAAUCAAGUGGCAGUCAUUUACAUAUUUAGAUAUUUCCAAUGUAUAUUUACCUCAGCCCAUACUCGACAACAUAUUAUCUGGUUGUCCUGUUUUGACCAGAUUGCAUUUGAGUGAAUGUUGGGGAUUCACUUGUUUCGAGAUCCAUUCUCAAAACCUUGGUGAACUAUCUGUUCAUGACUCAUUCCAAGAAAGUUCUGAUGAUGAUUUCUUUAAAAUCUCAGCACCGCAUCUUAAAUCUUUGAAUGUGUCGUCGUUAGAUACUUUAGACACAAAGUUGAAGUUUUCUAACAUCUCAUCUCUUGUUAGUGCUAGUUUUCACUUCUACGAUGUUUGGAAUUCAGGCUCUGAGGACAUGUUGAGUAAUACAAGGGAAAUUUUUGAAAGCAUUCAACAUGUCAAGAAGCUUGAAGUGGGAUGUGAAAUCAUUAAGGCUCUUGUAGCAGUUUUGUCGCGGGGUCAUUGGCAGCUUCCGAAAUCUAUGCGAAGGUGUUUGACCAUAAGCAGCUUUAUCCAUGAUAAAGAAAACAUUUCUGGCAUUUUAGGCCUUCUGGAAUCUUCUCCCAACCUUGAAACAUUGGUCAUAGAACGUUAUGAUCCCCAUGAAAUUGCUGAAGAGAAUUGGGUCAUACCGGGAAGGAGUGAUAUGGGCUGUGACUUGUUGCAUUUGAAGACGGUUAAAUUGUAUAGCAUGGCAGAUCCAAAACUAGGGGGAGAGCCAUUGCUGACGCUGGCACGAAUCCUUCUUGAGAGGGCACCCGCUUUGGAAGAGAUGGUGAUUGGGGUUCGCGUUGAAAACGUGGGUGAUUUUGCCAAGAUAGGUCAGGCCCUUCUCACCUAUCCCAGAGCCUCACCAAAAGCAGUCAUCUCCUUCUUAUCUUAGAUUAUUUACUUCUCUGUUACUCCCUCCCCCGACUGUUAUCAUAUUUCCAAGAACAAGUCUUUGAUGUAUCCAAUGAGUCGGGAUGUGCUUAGUAGAACAAUCAUUUUCCAAGUGCACCAGUGUUAAAGUGUAUGGGGUAUUUAAUUUAGGGAUUAUGCUAUGUGUACCCCAAGAUUUGUACCCCAAUUUGUACCCCGCAGUUUUGCACCAACAUUAUGUGUUGGUGUAAAACUAAUUUUCGUUAAAUGCACCAACAUUUGUGUCCGUGUGAAUUUUUAUUAACGCACCAACACUUGUAUCGGUGUAAACCAUCGAAAUGUUUGUGCAAACCUGUGGUGUACAAAUGGGGUAUAUUUUUUGGUGUAAGUGUAGCAUGGUUCUUAAUUUAGAUAUGACUUAAUAAAAUGCCUUCGGCUAG